AUGGAUACGGCCUUGGUUCGGCGUGUCAUGUACCAGGUACCUGCCCACCCGCGGCCGCCAUGGCUGACGAGGAGGUACUGGAAACCCUCGGCAGCAAAUGCCUCGAACCCGUGUCUUCUCGCCCCAUUGGGACGGACGGGGAGUGAUAGUGCAGCACGAGACUUUACACGUCACCCAGCCGCCACGAGUCGACAAAAACGCAACAUUCGGACCGGACCCAAGGCCAGCUCUGCUCUGCUCCGGCCAUUCCACCUUCUCAACUACUUCAACCUCCAGAUCCCGACCCAUCCAUCCGCCACCCUUCCCCUGCUGCAGGCCAGCCUCGCCGCUGCCGAUCCGACCAACAGCCCAUGCACCUCUUGCCGAUGUCGCCCUGAGAGGCUCGUGAGCGCCAAAAAGAUUGCGACGAUGCUGUCCUCCGCCGACGUCGCCGACAUGGGCCUCCAGCUGCUCGGUGCGUUGCCAUUCCCUCCCUCCCUCGAUCGCCUCUCCAACCGUGCCUUCGACCGCCAGCACAGGAUGCUAACUCGCCUCGUAGCGCGACGAUCCCAGGAGGUAGACCCUGAUGAGGGUGACUCGGCCCAAAAGGAGCUCUUUGCCGCCUGGGCCCUUUUCAUAUCCAUCAUGCUGCUCAUCGCCGCCUUCUUCACCAGCUACAUGCUCCAGAUGAAAAAGGUCACCGCCAUUCACGAGACCGUCAUCUCCAUCUUUGCAGGUUCGUCCGUCCUGGCCCGGGCUACCCUCCGCCCAUCCUGGCCCGGGCUACCCUCUGCCCAUCCUGGCCCGGGCUACCCUCUGCCCAUCCUGGCCCGGGCUACCCUCUGCCCAUCCUGGCCCGGGCUACCCUCUGCCCAUCCUGGCCCGGGCUACCCUCUGCCCAUCCUGGCCCGGGCUACCCUCUGCCCAUCCUGGCCCGGGCUACCCUCCGCCCAUCCUGGCCCGGGCUACCCUCCGCCCAUCCUGUCCCGGAUCCCCUCUGCGCUCUCUGCUGACGCGGCCUGCGAAGGAAUGAUCGUCGGCCUCACUCUUCUCGUGACGUCGGGUGAUUCGAUUCGAAACCUCAUCAGCUUCGACUAUCAAAUCUUCUUCAACCUCCUGCUGCCGCCCAUCAUCCUCUCAUCCGGCUACGAACUCCACCAGGCCAACUUCUUCCGGAACAUCGGCACCAUCUUGACCUUUGCCUUUGCCGGCACCUUCCUCUCCGCCAUCGUCAUCGGCCUCAUCCUCUGGCUCUUCACCAUGCUUCCCGGCUCGUUGGACAUGACCUUUGUCGACGCCAUCUCCGUCGGCGCCACCCUCUCCGCCACCGACCCCGUCACCAUUCUCGCCAUCUUCAACACCUACAAGGUCGACCCGAAGCUGUACACCAUCAUCUUUGGCGAGUCCAUCCUCAACGACGCCAUCGCCAUCGUCAUCUUCGAGACGGCCCAAAAGUACAACAAGGGCGAGGCUGCGAGCUACGGGUUCCUGAGCUUCUUCGAGGGCACCGGCAUCUUCCUCCUCAUAUUCUUUGGCAGCUUGCUCAUCGGCGUCAUCGUCGGCGUCGGCACCGCCCUGCUCCUCAAGUUCACCUAUCUCCGGAGGUUGCCCAAGAUUGAGAGCUGUCUCAUCGUCCUCAUCUCCUACGCCACCUACUUCUUCUCCCACGGCGUUCACAUGUCAGGCAUUGUAUCGCUUCUCUUCUGCGGCAUCACCCUCAAGCAUUAUGCCUAUUUCAACAUGUCGAGGCGCACCCAGCUCACGACGAAAUACAUCUUUCAAGUCAUGUCGCAGCUGUCGGAAAAUUUCAUCUUCAUCUACCUCGGCCUCGCCUUGUUCACCGACAAUGCGCUCCAGUUCCAGCCGCCGCUCAUCAUCGUCACCAUUUGCGCCGUCGUCGCCGCCAGAUGGGUCGCCGUCUUUCCUCUCUCGAGGGCCAUCAACUGGUUCAUUCGCUACCGCGCCAGGAGAAGAGGCGCCGAGGUCAACGACGAGCUGCCGUACAACUACCAGGCCAUGCUCUUCUGGGCCGGUCUCCGUGGCGCCGUUGGCGUCGCCCUCGCGGCUCUGCUCAAGGGCGAGAACUCCUAUGCGCUCCGAGCGACCGUCUUGGUCGUCGUCGUGCUCACCGUCAUCAUCUUCGGCGGCACCACCGCCCGCAUGCUCGAGAUUCUUGGCAUCCGCACCGGCGUCGUCGAGGAAAUCGACAGCGACGAUGAGUUCGACAUUGAAUCCUUCGGCGGCGGAGUUCAUGCGAAGCGUUCAGGCAGCGCUUUGGGCUACCAGCCUCGGAAAAACGGUCAUGUCGCACUCUCCAACCUCGAGGUCCGGGGCUCCGCGGCCUACGUAUCUGGGCACGCGUCUCGCGCCCGCUCCGGAACGCGGAAAACGCGAAGCCUGAGCCGCAGGAACUCGGGCAUCCCCAGUCCGCACGAAAUCGAGCGCGCCGACCUGCUCAGCCGCUCCGCCGUGGAGGAAUCCGAGCUCGGGAGCGACAUUGACACGUCCGACCUCCCACCCCCCGCUCGCCCCUCACCUCGCUUCCGGGACACCUCCAGCGUGCCGCCCCUGGCCGAUAGCGCGUUCAUGAGCCCGACCAGCGAAGGCUCCCACCACACGCCCAUCACCGCCACGGGCGCCAUCAGGCAGCUCUGGAGUGCCGAGGACCCUGCCGGCCUCUUCCGCCAGCUCGAUGAGGACUUUAUCAAGCCGCACUUGCUGCUCCAUAGCGGUGGUGGCGGCGGCGGAGGCGGAGGCGGUAGUGGUGCCGGUGGUGCCGGUGGAGGAGGAGGAUCAGGAGGAGGAGCCGGAAGUUGA